UGCGCACAAAUUUCCGCUGACUCAGCGAAUUCUGGCUGCCGCGAAACUUUGAUGAUGUGACAUGGCGCUGAUGCAACCGCGACCUUCAUCAACGUCAUCGUUCCUUUUUGAACGCAUCGCUCGCGUCGCCAACCACACACCACGCGCACCACGAGCCAAGCUCAGCAACCACUUUGAACCACCACCACACAUCACCACGUGUGUUGGCUAGUUAUUCGUCAGUUCAUUCAUCAUCGACACGGCACACGCACAUACGCACACAGACACACACACACACAGCCACACACACACAUUUUCACGCACACACGCACACACAGACACACACUUUUACACGCAACAACAACUGCAUAUCGCCAUGAUGGAAGACAACUUUGUGCUCGUGCACCACACGCACGACGAGGACAUUGAGGUUGCGCAUCAGAAGCAGCUGUUGAAGCAGCUGCAGCAGCGCGAGGAGAAGCGCCAAGAGCGCCUCAAACGCCAGGAGGCGAGGCUCAGGCGCCAGAUGGAGAGAGAGCAAGGCAUCAGCACCAGCACGGCAGACAAUAACGUCUUUACCGAGGGGCAAGGGGAUCAGGAGGAGCAGGAGGACGAUGAUGACGACGUGCCCAACGACGUGAUGGUGCCGGAACUGGCGCGCAACAUGUACAUGCACAUGCUCAUUCGCUGCAACGGCCGCGAUGUCCUGCUCAAGCGUGAGAUUGACGGCCCGCUCCCGCCAACGCUUGCCCGCAUCGCCAAGAAGUUUAAAAUGAAGGCUGACGACGUGCGCGUGGAUACGCAGGGCGCCAGCACGCCCACCCAAGCCCCGACGAUCGGCGCUGAGCCUGUGAAGCGCGAUGCUGUGGAGCAGCCGCAAGCAACAACGACGACAACGCCAUCCGCAGCCACAGCCGCCACCACGGCUACGGCAACGACCGCGACAGCGCCGGCUGUGCCGCAAAUGAUCACGGUGACGGACGAGCACGCGGAGACGCGCGUCGACGCGACGUCGCCCACCGUCGGCGCAGCAGAGGACGUGUACGGCAACCCGAUCAACACGAACACCAAGGACCCGAGCAAGCUGUCCAACUACUGGGCAUUCCGCCAGGGCUGUGCGCUUGUGCUGGGCGAUCAGCAGCUGCCCGUGUAUCACCACGCGCCGGUGGUGGUGUCGCUGUUUGUGCGCGGGUUCCCCAUGGUCGGCAGCAUGCUGCACCCCAUGGCAACCCUGCACAACUGCACGGCCAACACCUGCAAGUGGGCGUGGUACCGCACCUCCAAGUACGUGUCGCACAAGGUCAUUGAGCGCGUGGACGCGUUUGGACAGCACGCCAACAUCGAGGUCUCGGAGGCGGACGGCGACGUGCUUGUGGCCACGACCCGCCGCUACACCCCGACCGCAGACGACAUUGGCCACCGCCUCAUCUGCAUGUGCACCCCCGUCAACGAGCUGUGCGCAGGCAUCCCCGUGUGUGUCCUUGUUGGUUCGCGUGAUGACACCCGCAUCAACCGCCAAGACUUUUACACCAGCGGUACCGACAACAACGACAGCGGCAACGGCAACGACAACGGCAGCAGCGUUGAGACGCCAGCAGCGCGAUGCCAGCGCCUGUCCCGGUCCGUGUGCGAGAUGCAGCUGCACCCUGUCGUGCUUGCCCGCCACGCCUUUGCGCAGAGCCGCGAGCUCUCGCCAGGCAUGAUGCGCGUGGUCUCGUACAAUAUCCUGCACGACAUGUUUUGUGAUGGCACGUUUGCGCUGGAGCACCUGUACCCGUACCUCGACCCGAUCCACGCCAAGACCAACUACCGCCACCGCCGCAUUGCCGAGGAGAUUGCAGGCUACCUGCCAGACUUUGUCUGCCUGCAGGAGGUUGGACACGCAGAGUUUCACGAGGUGCUCGAGCCACGCCUCGGUGCAGCAGGUCUGCAUGGCGUGUAUGCGAACAAAAUCAGCCAGCAGCGCUGGGGGAUGGCCACGUUCUUCCGCCGUGAAAGGUGGUCGCUGCUUGAGGCGCACCGGCUCAACCUGACGCGACAGUGGCGCGUGCACAGCACUAUUGCAAGUGUGGCAUCGUCCCAGCCUGCGCUGCAGGAUCAGCUUGAGAACAGCACGACCGUUGCCCAGCUGCUGCUGCUGCAGUGUGCAGACGGCAGCCGCCACUAUGACGGCCAGCUCCUGUGCGUGGUGAACUGCCAUCUCUUCAGCCACCCAAUGGCCCCGCACGUGCGCGUGAUCCAGGCCGCCGUGAUUGCUGCGGAGAUCAAGGACCGCUUUGGUGCCGUGCCCGUCAUCUGGUGUGGUGACUUCAACGCCAACCCAAAUGCAGCCGUUGUCCAGUUUCUUCACCACCGCUCGAUUGAGGAGACACACCCCGUGUGGGCGGAGGGCGCGUGCAUCACACGGUUCAAGUCUGCCACAAAGGCCCAGCGCGAGGCCAACUGGCACAGCGUGCUAGGUAGCGCUGAGGUGCACAUGGCUCGCUCCUACUUUGCCACGCUUGCCUCCGCGGACACGCAGUUGCUCAGCCCUGUCGCCAUGUUCUCCUACACGGACGCGCACGGCGCUGAGGGGCUUGCGGCAACAAAGGCGUUUGGCGAGGAUGCGAUGCGCGCGUGCACGCAGGAGGGCGGCCUGUCGUACCAGGACUUCUUUGGAGCGCUGGUCGACCUCCGCUUGGAGGCGCCGGACCUCUUUUCCGCCCUGCAAGACAACGCCCCUCCCAUCGAUGACCUCCGCAGUGGCAUGGGCAGCCGCACCAACAGCACAAGCGGUGGUCUUCGCAGCAGGCUCGCCUCGUCCCCGACAACAACAGUAGCGCCACACGCCGCACCAGCACAGCAACAGCAGCAGCAAGGGGAAGAGGAGUCGUUGGCGAGCAGCAGGACACCAGAUCCUGCACUGACGCGGGCUGCCAUCAGCAGUGCCGCUCUCACGGUUCCAUCGCCGUCCUCGCAGCACCUGCAGCUGCGUGACAGCGGCGCCAGCACCACCUCCAUCGUCAGCCUUGCGUCGCGUGCGCUUGUGUCCGGGUUUGGGCUGAGCUCGUUCUCCAUGGCGCUGCAGCACAACCUUGAGCUGCACUGCUCUGUUCGCCAGCCCACGUACAGUGCCGGCAUCCCCGCCAAGCCCGAGCAGGUGGACUAUGUCUUCUACACCCCGCAGAUCCAAAUGCGCAUGGAGCAGCCGCCCACGUUUGCGUUUCACCACAUUGAGAACGGCCUCCCCAGCGAAUUCCUGCCGUCUGACCAUGUUGCCUCUGUUGUCGAUUUCGCGUGGAACCGCAUGGCCCUGCAACAGUAAACAAAGAAAUCUGC